AUGGAGGAAAUCAUUAACGAACUCCGAAAAAUUCGAAAGGAUUUAGAUGAACAGAAAACGGCAAUAGAAAAAAAUGGAGAAAAAGUGACUGAAAAAGUUACGCAAAAUAUAAACUGUAUAUUGGAAGACAAGUUCAAACUAUUCAACGAAAAAUACGAGUAUCUCAGAGAAAAAUGCGAAAACCAGGAAAAGCGACUAUAUUUUCUCGAAAAACAGGCAAGGAAAAAUAACAUCGUCUUUUUCGGAAUAAAAGAAACUGAGACAUCAUAUUCUAACUUAGAAAGUCUCAUAAUUAAUUUUAUCAAAGAGUAUUUCUCGCAAGAAUUGGAUCGCAGGGAUAUUCAAGAAGUUAGAAGAAUUGGCAAGAAAGGGGAAAGACCUCGACCAAUAACUGUAACUUUCUGUACGCUUGGCACAAAAAUCAACUUGGUUAAGAACAGAAGUGCACUAAAAAAUACCGGUUACUACAUAACGGAAGAUUACCCACAAAAUAUUCUAGAGAAGAGAAAAGAACUUCAAGAACAAGCAAGAGCCGAGAAAGAGAAGGGAAAUUUUGUAAAAAUAAAAUACGAUAAGCUCGUUAUAAGUGCAAAAAACAAACCAACUAGCAAUAACAAAAGACUACUUUCAACUUCACCGGAAAACAAGAUCUCGAAAGGAGCUGAAUCAAACUCACAGGUUAGCAAGAAAAAUAAACCACAAACGCAAAUAAGAAGAACUUCAAGCCUCUCAGAAGGUAUUAUAAAACCGGGAAUGCUGAAUUACCUCAUUAACAAGAAUACAAACAACUCACCAGAUCUGCAGCAAAAUAAUUACGUUAUACAAUAG